UUUCCAACUUACACGCCAACAUCCAGAGCCAUGGCACAGGCCCCAUCGAUUGACGUGCUGCUAAAUCUGGUGCCAGAACGACCCCAAGUAGUUCAGGACAAGCUGCAGGCCCAUCCGGAAUUGGCUUCCAAACAAGACCAUCAUGGCUACAGCCUGGUGCACGCAUCUGCGUCAUACGGGCAUGCUGAUUUGCUCAAAGCCUUGAUCAAAGACUUCGGCGUUGAUCCGAAUAUCAAGGAUGAGGAUGGGGAGACGGCCUUGUUCAGCGUGGAGGAAGUGGCAAUGGCGAAAGAACUUCUUGAACUUGGCACCGACCGAGCCCUACGCAAUAACGACGGGCAAACUGCUGCCGAGAAGCUGGCAGACGACGACGAGCAACCUGAGGUGGCUGCUUAUUUGCGAGAGCUCUCAAGCGGGCCUGAAGCACAAGACAGCAAUGCUCAACCACAUUCUGUGCAAAAUGGAGCCGAGGCCCUGCGUCCGCCUCCCUUGCCCGAAGGUCUACAAUUGAACAUCGGCACCAUGGUGCCUGAAGAAGAAGCCGCCGACCCAGAGUUCAGACGACGCAUCGAGGAACUAGCCUCUCGAGACGAUUUUGACACAGAGGAAGCUCAACGUGAGCUGCGUGAAAUUAUCGCUGAUGCUCUUUCUGGCACUGCCACGGACCCUCAAGCACCGCCCGCAUCAAGACGACGCAUAGGUUGAUGAGCCACAUGUGACAAAAGAAGUCUUUAUAGACUGUCACGCAAAUACAUCCUCAUGCCUGAUGCCAAGACCUGUCCGAUCGGGAGAACCCUGGUCUGUCACGCAGCAACGUGCACCAGGACUGACAGCCCCAUCACCGCCGUCACUUGCCGAAGUCUGACUUUCUGUCCUGCGGUCUCUCAAACACUGCUUGCUGCCGACCAUACAGCUUCAGUUCGCUUAGCUAGGGCCACCUCGCACGGCCAUAAACUAGACAAAACACGCGCUCGGUAGAACAUCAGCCGAGCUGCAUUCAUCCCCAGACUGGGGUUUUUGCGGGGUACACGAAUGAGAGUAACAUGCAAUGCCGCUAAGACGGCCUUCGACAUGGAUAAUGAGCGGCAAUGUAUCACCUCAUGCCCUAAUCGUGGAGCAUGUGGCGAGUGCGUUAGUUGAUAAGGCCACUCAUGCGAGUGGUCUCGCGAAAGCUGGUUACCAGCACGUGGCACGCGGGCAAGGAAUUACACUUCUUCCUAAAUCCUUCUCCUCUACGAC